GAGGAACAGGAGAGACCCCGUGGUUCGGCACAGCACGACUACGAUGAUGAAGAGGAAGACGAGGACGAGGACGAGGACGAGGACGAGGAUGAAGAAGACGAAGAAGAGGAGAUGGGAGCUGAGCGAGGGAAGAAGAGGCAAAAGGUGUGUGGCUACCAUCGAACAAAACGUCCUGCAGUGAAUCGUUUCCUUGAUGUCGAGGCCGAGGUGGACGAGGACGAGGAGGACGAGGAAGAUGAGGACGAGUACGCGCGGGAUGAAUUCGUUGUUGGAGGCGAGGUCGAAGAAGACGACCUGGCUCGUCGUGCCGCCGACCACGCACGGUUUGACCGCCGUGAACGCGAAUUAGACGACCAAGACCUUGCCAAAAUCGCAGAGGAUGUCAGCCAGCGGUAUAGGCGUACUGCGGUGCGUUAUUCGGGCGACAUGAGCGAUAUUCCCCAGCGGCUGCUGAUGCCGUCCGUUCACGAUGCUAACCUAUGGCAAGUCCGCGUGAGGCCUGGCAAAGAGCGUGACCUCGUCUUCAGUCUCAUGCGCAAGGCUCUUGAUCUUGAAUACUCCAACCGUCCACUCCAGAUUCUGUCGGCAUUCCAGCGCGACUCUCUCCCUGGGAUGAUCUAUGUCGAAGCUCGCAGCGCAAAGCAAGUCAGCGAAGCGUGCAAUGGCCUGGUUGGUAUAUACCCUAGCCGCGGUAUUGUGCUUGUGCCCAUUGAGGAGAUGGCAAGCUUGCUCCAGAUCAAGAAGCAAGAUCUUACUGUAACCCCCGGCAGCUGGGUUCGCAUCCGUCGCGGGAAGUAUCAAGGUGAUCUCGCGCAGGUCAUGGACAUCACAGAGAACGGGGAGGAGGUCGGUCUCAAGUUUAUUCCUCGCAUCGACCUCAACCCGAAGGACGACGGCGCGAUCGACGCGAUGGGAAAGAAGCGGAAGAAGGGUGCCAACGGCGUGUCAUCAUUCAGCAUGCGUCCUCCGCAGCGGUUCUUCAACUACGAGGAAGCCAUCAAGGUGUACGGGCGCAAAGCAGUGUCGAAGCGGAACCAGGUGUACGUGUUCCAGAAUGACACGUACAAGGACGGCUUUAUUGAGAAGGACUUCCGUCUCACUGCUCUCCAACUGGACAAUGUCAACCCGACGCUCGAUGAGAUCACGCGUUUCACGCGCGGGCAAGAUGGUGCGGAGAACGAGUCGAACGUCGAUCUGUCGAUCAUUGCCGAGGCGUCGCGAAAAGCCGCCAUUUCCGUGCUACAACCCGGUGACCAUGUGGAGGUUUUCGAGGGCGAACAAGCCGGUGUGCACGGAACAGUCCACUCAGUCGAGCAAGAUAUCGUGACCAUUGAACCUGUCGGUGUCGACUUCGAUGGUCAGCGGAUACAGAUACCCGCGAGGAGUGUCCGCAAGCGCUUCAAACCGGGAGACCAUGUCAAGGUGAUGACGGGACAGAACGCGGACGAGACGGGUCUCGUUGUGUCCGUUGUAGACAACGUUGUCACGUUCCUGUCGGAUAUGUCCAUGCAAGAGGUGUCCGUAUUUUCCAAAGAUUUGCGUGAAGCCGCUGAGGUUGGCACGGGCACUAACGUCGUUGGAAACUACGAGUUGCAUGACCUCGUUCAAUUAGACUUGCAAACGGUAGGAGUCAUUUUCAAAACAGAGCGAGACUCGUUCCGUGUCCUCGAUCAGAAUGGUCAAGUCCGCCUCGUCCAACCACAUCAAAUUUCGAUGCGAAGAGAUUCUAACAGAGCUAUUGCUACCGACUCUGAAGGUCAUGAGCUUCGCGUAAAUGACAAUGUCAAGGAGAUCGAUGGUGAAGGUCGUAAGGGUCGUGUAUUGCACACGCAUCAAUCGUUCUUUGCGUUCUUGCACAAUCGCGACUACAACGAGAAUGGCGGUGUGUUCGUCACCCGCGCUCGGUCGUUAGUAUCGCUCGCCCCCAAGGGCAAUGUCAUGAAGCUCGGCGCGGCUGACUUAUCUAAGAUGAAUCCCGCGCUGAGCGGAGGUGCCAUGGGUGGAAUGGUAGGCUCGGGGAACAUCGGGCGUGGACCUCGGGACCGCCUGAUAGGCGUGACCGUUACCAUCGUCAAGGGCCCGCAGAAGGGUUAUGUCGGUACUAUCAAGGAUACGAACGGACCGAUUGCGCGUGUAGAGCUCGUCACGAACAACAAGAUCAUCUCUAUUGACAAGAGCAAACUGAAGAGACGCAAUCCAAAUGGCACACUCGAGGCUCUGGAAAGUGCAAUGGGACCUCCGCGUAAUUCUUACAAUAGCAACGGUCCGAAGACGCCCAACCCGUACGCAGGCAACCGAACACCUUGGGGAGGUGCAGCAACGCGUACGCCGAAUCCAUACGACAGCAGUCGUACGCCGGCGUGGAACGCGUCUGCGCGUACACCAAACCCGUACGAUAACGGAGGGAAGACUCCUGCAUGGAACGCGUCUGCGCGCACCCCCAACCCAUAUGCCGCGGGCAGCCAAACACCCGCAUGGAAUGCAAGUGCGCGGUCGCCACGGAAUCCCUAUAACGCACAAGGCGGUACCACACCUCGACCGAACUCUACUUGGGGUGGUGCUACGCCCGCGUGGGGUGCGUCAUCACCGAGACGGGAGACCACUAGCGGUGGAUGGAAUAGCUCAGGAGGAUGGGGCGAUGCCCUCAGCUGGGGUGAACCAGCUAAUGCACAAACACCGGGCGUCGCUUUCACGCCGGGAGCAGAUGGGUUUGCAGCCCAGACGCCAGGCGCCUUCGAAGGCCCCUAUGAGACUUUCAGGACGCCAGGCGCGAUGUUUAACCCUAUGGCUUCUGCCCCUACACCAGCUCCCCAGACUACGGGUAUUUCUCACUCCAAUGCGGGCGCUUAUGAAUUGUCUGAGAGAUGGUUGCUCGACUCUGAAAUUGUGGAUCAGGUUCGCGGCAUCGCAGUGAAGAUUCAGGGCUCUUCAAGCAAAUGGUACAACGGCCAGUAUGAGGCAAAAACUGGUGUCGUCCUAUCCAUCCUUAAUACCCACAACGAGCAAUUUGGCACAACCGCAACGGUCAAAUUUGAUGAGCCGCUUGAUCCAUCGCAAUCCACGCUGCAAGUGCCUGUCGAUGUCCUAAUGCCUGUUCACCCCUUAAAGUCGAAGGAUGAAGUCAUGAUUCUGUACGGCGCUCAUAAGGGCCAGCUUGCAACAGUUGGCUUGAUUGAGCCGACUGGCAUGAUGAUUGUCACGACACAGUCGUAUUUGGUAGAGGAGAUUCACGCGGAUAGGUUGGUGGUGGUACGCAAAGAUAUAUGAUAAUUUCUGCUAGUCUAUCGAUUGUUGUAUUAAUGUCUGCAUUUGCUCUCGGCGCUGUCUCAAUCGCGAUGUAUUUUUAAACCCC